AUGGGCAACGUUAGCAGCGUGCCCGAUGAGGGCGCACCUCUCUAUCUUAGAGAUCAGAAUCGCUUAUCCAUCUCUUCCGCUGUCAUAACUAGUCCGAAACGUCGUACCCCAAUAAGUAUCGUUCCGAAUGCAUUUCCGGCUACAAGAGUAUCCGCAUCGAGGGGAUCUGGCGACUCUACCCCCGUCGAGUUUGUCCUAGAUGCCGAGUCAGCCAGUUCUGGCUCCGGUCCCGCCUUCCUGUUGAAGCUCUCCAACGAAGAUGAGCUCGUCUUCACAUUCAGCUUUAUCAUUCGCCAGUCUCAGAAUGGUGUUCAGAGUCCAACAGGAAGUGGUGAUACCGUAGCUACAACGAACACCCAGCUCAACGGCCUGACGUUCGUGUUCGCGUCGACACCCCGAGAAGUCGAGAACUUGGUGACUCGCGAGUUCCACGCCGACCCAAACCUUCACAAGAAUGCGAAUGUUGCUCUUGUCGGUACCUACUCGACCGACGGCAGCUCUUCUGUGACCUUUGAUUGGACAUGGCGCUGGAAACCACCCAAGCAGGCCGAGGACCGGGGCGGCGGCUGGAGGAAUACAUGCAGCGUUGGCACCCCUUUCCAAAUGCUCGCUGCGAUACAAUGGCUAAUGUAUAUGUGUAGUUUGUCGAACACCUUCCCUUAUUUGAGCCAACCUAACUCCCCCACCCCGCCACUUCUGAGCGCUCCGCCGAAGGUCCGCGUCGUGUCUGCACAAUCACUCGAGUCCCAAAUCAGUACCAUCCCAGAACACGAAGAGGUUGUUUCACCGCAACAAACUCUUGGCGAUCCGAUCAGCGCGCUGCCAUCUGCGACCUCAGCCCUAAAGGAGCCCAUCAAGGUGGAUGUGUCCUGCCCUCGACCGGCAGAGGAUAUGUCCAUGUCGGACGAUGGGCCACUCUUCCGGGCCACCAUGAAGUCUCUAGAGCAGAAGACCGGCAACAUGAGGAUGCAGAUGAAGCGACUGAUCAAAAAGGCCGAAUACGUGCAUCAGUCGCAGCAGGAGGCCAACGACGCGUUUGCUUCCUUCAUGGACGCCCUCAAGGAGGUCUCAGCCACCAACGCAAAUGCUGUCCAGCCUGCCAUCGAACACUACUUUGACAAGAUUGCCCGCGAAAUCUUGCAGUACGAGCGGCAAAACACCAUGAACUUGCAAAAGAUCGUCAUCGACCCAGUAAACAAGCUCUACCAGAUGGAUAUUAAGCAGGCCGAGGCCAAAAAACGAGACUUUGAAGAAGAGAGCAAGGAGUUUUACGCAUACGUUAGCCGGUACCUCGGACAACGGCAUGACUCGGUCAAGGCAAAGCAGAGCGACUCCAAAUACCAGACAAAGCGCAGGAAUUUUGAGCUCAAGCGGUUCGACUAUUCGUCAUUUAUGCAGGACCUCUCAGGCGGCCGCAAAGAGCAAGAAGUCUUGUCGCACCUCACCAAAUAUGCGGAUGCGCAAGCCAGGUACUUCCUCCGGGCCGCGAAGAAGGUUGACGACCUGCUCCCGCAGCUCGAAGCCCUAUCCUCUGAAGUCCACGAGGCAGAUAAGGAAUAUCAAUAUCAGCGUGUCGAGCGGGAAGAGAAGAGAAGGCUCCUCGAGAAGGGCAGUCUCGCAUACACGGAACCCGAGCCCCCCUCUACCGCCUCGGGGCCCAAUCCCUCUGCGACCCACCCGAACGGCACUCAGUCAAGCUCAGACACGGAGAUGGGACGGGCGGACAGCACUGGGUCACAGCUCAGGCCAACGCGCUCCAUAAACUCGAGCGGUUCGCCCAGCGUUGGCGACCUAUCAAGAUCACCCGGCAGCCUCAGUCAGCAGCACGGUGUUGUUGGCAGCCCGGUCCAGAGCAACAAGUUCAAGGGUAUCCGUGAUCUGGAGGAGCGGGAUCUCAACCAGGCGGCGCAAUCCGAUAAGGAUACCUCGAAUAGGAAGGAAGGUCUACUCUGGGCGUUGAACCGCCCCGGAGGUCACGUCGACCCACGGAACCUGAACAAACAGGGCUGGCACAAGUUUUGGAUUGUUCUUGACCAAGGAAAGCUGUCUGAGUACAGCAACUGGAAGCAGAAACUCGAUCUUCACAUGGAGCCCAUCGACCUACGCCUUGCAUCGGUCCGGGAGGCCAGAAACGCGGACCGCCGUUUCUGCUUCGAAGUCAUCACACCUCAGUACAAGCGGGUCUACCAAGCAACAUCCGAAGAGGAUAUGAAUAGUUGGAUUAUGGCCAUCAAUAAUGCGCUACAAAGCGCCGUCGAGGGCCGGACGUUCAAGGACAAGCCAUCGACGGCCCACGCUGACCUGGGUUUCAAUGGGGUCGAUAUCGGUUCCAUGCUGGUCGGCAAGAGCUCGUCUGUUAGCCAUUCCAGUCACUCGAACGCCAUCCCCUUCCGACGAACGACCGUUGGUGCCCGGCCCAGCACUUCGCGCGGCAGCAGUUUCGAAGACAAGCCCGAUAAGCUGCUGCAAAUGCUCCGCGAGAACGACCAAGGGAACUGCUGGUGCGCCGACUGCGGGUCCAACAACAAAGUCGAGUGGGUUUCACUGAACCUCGCCAUCAUCGUCUGCAUCGAGUGCAGCGGCAUUCACCGAUCCCUAGGAACACACAUCAGCAAGGUCCGGUCGCUUACACUUGACACGACCUCGUUCACACCCGAUAUCAUUGAACUGCUUCUCCUUGUUGGCAAUAGGGUGUCUAACAUGGUGUUCGAGGCCAGGCUGGAUCCAGCUGCAAAGCUCACGGCUCAGGCCAACCGGGAGCAGAGGCUCAGGUUCAUCAAUGCCAAAUACGUCGAGCGGGCAUACGUCGAGCCGAUCUCGGCGACGCUCUCGAGAUUUGGCACGCCAGAAGACACCCUCUUGGCCGGCAUCAAGCGCAACGAGAUCCAACAGAUUCUAUACGCCUUAGCCCUCCGCGCGAGCCCCAACGUCGCCGACAAGUCGCGCGGCACGCACGCCAUUUACCUAGCCCUCGCGGCGGCAGACCCGGCACCGCCCUCCCCAUUGCCAACACAGGCAUUGGCAUCUCCAACCUCGACUGCCGACCGGGUGGUACCCUUCCCGGUGGCCGAGCUCCUCAUCCAAAACGGCGCCGAGAUCCCAGACUCGCUGCCCCAGGUCCCGCUCAGCCUGGCAGCGCAGGCCUACAUCGAGAUGAAGCGCGGCCGCAAGGCGGCCAUGGAGGCGUCAGGCUCAUAUGACUCGCCGGGGGGCGCCACAGCCAUGUCAAGCCAGAAUGAUAAGCGCGAACGCGACGCGCGGCUACAGAAACGCGUCAGCGCCGGCGGGAGGCUAGCCAAGACCCCCAUCCCCGAACGCUAG